AGAUGAACGUGAGGCAGUUCAGAAGAAGACUUUCACAAAGUGGGUUAAUUCCCACUUGGCACGUGUAUCAUGCAGAAUUACAGAUCUGUACACUGACCUUCGUGAUGGAAGGAUGCUCAUCAAACUUUUGGAAGUUCUUUCAGGAGAGAGACUUCCUAAACCAACUAAGGGAAGGAUGCGCAUCCAUUGCCUGGAGAAUGUUGAUAAAGCCCUCCAGUUCCUGAAAGAGCAAAGAGUACACUUAGAAAACAUGGGAUCUCAUGAUAUUGUGGAUGGGAAUCACAGGCUGACACUUGGCCUUAUUUGGACUAUUAUCCUGAGGUUCCAGAUCCAAGAUAUCAGUGUUGAAACUGAGGACAACAAGGAGAAGAAAUCUGCUAAAGAUGCUUUGCUUUUGUGGUGCCAGAUGAAGACAGCUGGUUACCCCAAUGUCAACAUUCACAACUUUACAACAAGCUGGAGGGACGGAAUGGCUUUCAAUGCACUAAUACAUAAGCACAGGCCUGAUCUGAUUGAUUUUGACAAGCUGAAGAAAUCAAAUGCACACUACAAUCUGCAGAAUGCUUUUAACCUUGCAGAGCAACACCUUGGUCUUACUAAGCUCCUGGACCCUGAGGAUAUCAGCGUUGAUCAUCCUGAUGAAAAGUCAAUCAUCACCUAUGUGGUGACGUAUUACCACUACUUCUCCAAGAUGAAAGCUUUAGCUGUUGAAGGAAAACGUAUCGGAAAGGUGCUUGACAAUGCCAUUGAAACGGAGAAAAUGAUUGAAAAAUACGAAUCUCUGGCUUCUGACCUUCUUGAGUGGAUUGAGCAAACCAUUAUCAUCCUCAACAAUCGCAAAUUUGCCAAUUCCCUAGUUGGUGUGCAACAACAGCUGCAGGCAUUCAACACUUACCGCACAGUAGAGAAACCACCCAAAUUUACAGAAAAAGGAAACCUAGAAGUGCUGCUUUUUACCAUCCAAAGCAAAAUGAGAGCCAACAAUCAGAAAGUAUACAUGCCAAGGGAGGGCAAACUCAUCUCUGACAUUAACAAGGCCUGGGAAAGACUGGAAAAAGCUGAACAUGAAAGAGAACUGGCACUGCGAAAUGAGCUCAUCAGACAAGAGAAACUGGAACAACUCGCACGCAGAUUUGAUCGCAAGGCAGCUAUGAGAGAAACUUGGCUGAGUGAAAAUCAACGUCUUGUUUCUCAGGAUAAUUUUGGCUUUGACCUUCCAGCAGUAGAGGCUGCAACAAAGAAGCAUGAGGCCAUUGAGACAGACAUUGCAGCAUAUGAAGAACGAGUCCAGGCCGUGGUUGCGGUAGCAAAGGAGCUUGAGACUGAAAAUUACCAUGAUAUCAAACGCAUUACUGCGAGAAAGGACAACGUUAUACGCCUAUGGGAGUAUCUCCUAGAGCUGCUCAGAGCACGGAGACAGAGACUGGAGAUGAAUCUUGGUCUGCAGAAGAUUUUCCAGGAAAUGCUGUACAUUAUGGACUGGAUGGAUGAGAUGAAGGUGCUUCUGCUGUCUCAAGACUAUGGCAAACAUUUGUUAGGAGUUGAAGACCUGUUGCAGAAACAUGCUCUUGUGGAAGCUGACAUUGCUAUUCAGGCUGAGAGAGUGAGAGGGGUCAAUGCAUCUGCUCAGAAGUUUGCCACUGAUGGAGAAGGUUACAAGCCGUGUGACCCACAGGUUAUCAGGGACCGCGUCGCUCACAUGGAGUUCUGUUACCAAGAACUGUGUCAGCUCGCAGCUGAGCGCAGGGCCCGCUUGGAGGAGUCCCGGCGCCUCUGGAAAUUCUUCUGGGAAAUGGCUGAAGAAGAGGGUUGGAUCAGGGAGAAGGAACAGAUCCUGUCAUCUGAUGACUAUGGGAAGGACCUAACCAGUGUCGUCCGUCUCUUGAGUAAGCAUAAGGCGUUUGAAGACGAAAUGAGUGGUCGUAGCGGCCACUUUCAGCAGGCGAUAAAAGAAGGUGAAGACAUGAUUGCGGAGGAGCAUUUUGGGUCUGAGAAAAUCAGAGAAAGAAUUAAGGAUAUCAGGGAGCAGUGGGCUAACUUGGAACAGUUAUCUGCCAUUAGGAAGAAGCGUCUGGAGGAAGCCUCUCUCCUUCACCAGUUCCAGGCUGACGCUGAUGACAUUGAUGCAUGGAUGUUGGACAUCCUCAAAAUUGUCUCCAGCAACGAUGUUGGCCACGAUGAGUAUUCCACUCAGUCCUUGGUCAAGAAACACAAAGAUGUGGCUGAAGAGAUAGCAAGCUACCGACCAACCAUUGACUCGCUUCAUGAACAAGCAAAGGCUCUGCCGCAGGAACAUGCCGGAUCUCCGGAUGUGCAAGGCAGAUUGUCUGGAAUAGAGGAAAGAUACAAAGAGGUUGCUGAGCUGACUCGGCUGCGUAAACAGGCCCUGCAGGAUACCCUUGCUCUUUAUAAGAUGUUCAGUGAGGCAGAUGCUUGUGAGCUUUGGAUUGACGAAAAGGAGAAGUGGCUGAAUAAUAUGCAGAUUCCAGAGAAGCUGGAGGACCUGGAAGUGAUCCAGCACAGAUUUGAAAGCUUAGAACCAGAAAUGAACAAUCAGGCAUCCCGUGUUGCAGUAGUGAACCAAAUUGCUAGACAGCUGAUGCACAGCGGCCAUCCAAGUGAGAAGGAGAUCAAAGCACAGCAAGAUAAACUCAACACAAGAUGGAGCCAGUUCCGAGAACUGGUAGACAGGAAGAAGGAUGCUCUGCUCUCUGCUCUGAGUAUCCAGAACUACCAUCUUGAAUGUAAUGAAACCAAAUCCUGGAUCAGGGAAAAGACCAAAGUGAUCGAAUCCACACAAGAUCUGGGUAACGAUCUGGCUGGAGUGAUGGCCCUGCAGAGGAAGCUGACGGGCAUGGAACGUGACCUGGUAGCUAUUGAAGCCAAGCUAAGCGACCUGCAAAAAGAGGCAGAAAAGUUGGAAUCAGAGCAUCCUGACCAGGCACAGGCUAUCCUUUCACGGCUGGCAGAAAUCAAUGAUGUGUGGGAAGAAAUGAAGACCACACUCAAGAACCGGGAAGAGUCCCUUGGAGAGGCAAGCAAACUGCAGCAGUUCUUGAGAGAUCUGGAUGACUUCCAGUCUUGGCUAUCCAGAACGCAGACAGCAAUUGCAUCCGAAGAUAUGCCAAACACACUGACAGAGGCUGAGAAGCUGCUUACUCAACAUGAGAAUAUUAAGAAUGAAAUCAACAAUUAUGAGGAAGAUUAUCAGAAAAUGAGGGACAUGGGUGAGAUGGUGACACAAGGGCAAACUGAUGCUCAGUACAUGUUCUUACGCCAGCGCCUACAAGCUUUGGACACUGGAUGGAAUGAGCUUCACAAAAUGUGGGAGAACAGGCAAAAUCUCCUUUCCCAGUCUCAUGCCUAUCAGCUAUUUCUCAGAGAUACCAAGCAAGCAGAAGCAUUUCUUAAUAACCAGGAGUAUGUUUUGGCGCACACGGAAAUGCCCACUACCUUGGAAGGAGCUGAAGCUGCUAUUAAAAAACAGGAGGAUUUCAUGACCACGAUGGAUGCCAAUGAAGAAAAGAUCAAUGCAGUUGUAGAGACUGGCAGGAGGCUAGUCAGUGAUGGGAACAUUAACUCUGAUAAAAUCCAGGAGAAAGUGGACUCUAUUGAUGACAGACAUAGGAAGAACCGUGAAGCAGCCAGUGAACUUCUGAUGAGGCUGAAAGAUAACAGGGAUCUUCAAAAGUUUCUUCAGGAUUGUCAAGAGCUCUCACUCUGGAUCAAUGAAAAGAUGCUCACGGCUCAGGAUAUGUCCUAUGAUGAGGCAAGGAACUUGCAUAGCAAAUGGCUGAAGCAUCAGGCAUUUAUGGCAGAACUUGCAUCCAACAAAGAAUGGCUGGAGAAGAUUGAAAAGGAGGGAAUGCAGCUCAUUGCAGAGAAACCAGAAACUGAAGCCGUAGUGAAAGAAAAGCUGACCGGUCUCCAUCAAAUGUGGGAAGAGCUUGAAUCCACUACCCAGACCAAGGCUCAGCGUCUCUUUGAUGCAAACAAGGCGGAGCUUUUUACCCAGAGCUGCGCUGAUUUGGAUAAGUGGCUGAAUGGUUUGGAGAGUCAAAUUCAGUCGGACGACUAUGGAAAAGAUCUCACCAGUGUCAACAUCCUGUUGAAGAAGCAGCAGAUGCUAGAAAAUCAAAUGGAUGUUCGUAAGAAGGAGAUAGAGGAGCUGCAAAGCCAGGCAAGGGCUUUAAGCCAAGAAGGGAAGAGUACAGAUGAAGUAGAUGGCAAACGCCUUACUGUAGAAAAGAAAUUUUUGGAAUUAUUGGAACCUUUGAAUGAAAGAAAGGCAAACCUGCUGGCCUCCAAAGAGAUCCACCAGUUCAACCGGGAUGUGGAAGAUGAAAUUUUAUGGGUCGGAGAGAGGAUGCCUAUAGCUACAUCUACUGAUCAUGGACACAACCUCCAGACUGUGCAGCUACUAAUAAAGAAAAAUCAGACUCUUCAAAAAGAAAUCCAGGGACAUCAGCCUCGUAUUGAUGACAUUUUUGAGAGGAGUCAAAACAUUAUCACAGAGAGUAGCCCUAAUGCUGAAGCAAUUCAGCAGAGACUUGCAGACUUGCAGCAGCUGUGGAACCUCCUAAUCGAGGAGACAGAGAAACGCCACAAGCGCCUAGAGGAGUCUCACAGAGCACAGCAGUAUUACUUUGAUGCUGCCGAGGCUGAGGCCUGGAUGAGCGAGCAGGAGCUCUACAUGAUGUCAGAAGAGAAAGCCAAGGAUGAACAGAGUGCCGUGUCCAUGCUGAAGAAACACCAGAUUUUGGAACAAGCUGUAGAAGACUAUGCUGAAACUGUUCACCAGCUUUCAAAGACCAGCAGAACUUUGGUGGCAGAUAAUCACCCAGAAAGUGAGCGUAUCAGCAUGCGCCAGUCCAAAGUGGAUAAGCUGUAUGCAGGCCUGAAAGAUCUAGCUGAAGAGAGACGGGGAAAGUUGGAUGAGAGACACAGGCUGUUCCAGCUUAACCGCGAGGUGGAUGACCUGGAGCAGUGGAUUGCUGAAAGGGAGGUGGUGGCAGGUUCCCAUGAGCUGGGACAGGAUUACGAACACGUAACGAUGCUACAGGAGCGAUUCCGAGAAUUUGCCCGAGACACUGGAAACAUUGGACAGGAGCGUGUCGAUACUGUUAACCACAUGGCAGAUGAGCUCAUCAACUCUGGACAUUCAGAUGCUGCGACAAUUGCAGAGUGGAAGGACGGACUCAAUGAGGCCUGGGCUGAUCUCCUGGAGCUCAUUGACACGAGAACACAAAUUCUAGCAGCCUCUUAUGAACUGCACAAAUUUUACCAUGAUGCCAAGGAGAUCUUAGGACGUAUUCAAGACAAACAUAAGAAACUGCCUGAAGAGCUUGGUAGAGACCAAAACACAGUGGAAACACUACAGAGAAUGCACACAACAUUUGAGCAUGAUAUCCAGGCCCUCGGCACCCAGGUGAGACAGCUGCAGGAGGAUGCUGCACGCCUUCAGGCUGCCUAUGCUGGAGACAAAGCUGAUGACAUCCAGAAGAGGGAAAAUGAAGUCCUAGAGGCAUGGAAAUCACUGUUGGACGCCUGCGAGGGCCGCAGGGUUAGACUGGUGGAUACAGGAGACAAAUUCCGUUUCUUCAGCAUGGUUCGUGAUCUCAUGCUUUGGAUGGAAGAUGUUAUUCGACAGAUAGAAGCCCAAGAAAAGCCAAGGUAA